AAUCCAGGCUACUAUGAUAUCAUGGCAGAAGACAUGUCUGUGUGGCACGUUCCCAACAACUUCCCACUGGAGAACUGGAACCUGGCAGCCAUCCUCCGCUACCACACUGAGACCCACUUUCUGCGCCUGUAUGGAGGAAACCUCUUCCAGAUGUUCACGCAAUAUCCAGUAAGAUACAACGUCGACUCCCCCACCAGCAACAGAGGGCCAGCUAUUCCCAUUGUGUAUGACCAUGGAGACAAAGAGUCCACCAAAAUGUUAUAUGGACCCAAACCAAGAGGGGAGUUUGAACCAGGUUUCAUCACAUUCAGAGCAAUAAACAAUGAACGUGCAGCCAUGGCUAUCUGCUCCGGGGUCAAGCCGGUCUGUGCAUACAACACUGAACAU